AUUUUUGAAUUUUCCUUUAACAAAAUUUCAAAUUUAUGAGAGAUGAAUAAUAUUUUUAAAGCAAGUGUUUUCUAAGUUUUACCAAACACUGUCAAAUUUCCAUCAACAAAAGAAGCAUAUUUUCCUCAAUGGUUGAAAGACUUUUAACAGCUUUAUGCACUUAUCCUCUUGCUACUGCCCUGUAGAUUGUUAUCUGAAGAUCAAAACAGCCAGUCAAAUUCUCCUAGAAAAUCAAGAAUUGAAGGUGAAGUUGAAACAAGAGAAGAAUAUGGACGCACAAUGUCAUCACUAGAGGAGGAAUUAAGAGACAUCCGCAAGAUUCAUCUUGAAAUGACCCUCAAUUAUGCAGAGGUGGAGGGUCAACAUGAGGAAUUCAUCGUGAAGCCUAAAGGAACCAAGAAUGGGAGGAGAUAAACAUGGAAAGCAGGGGUUAGCACUGAAGCAUCUUAUUCUCCUGAAUCAAAUAUUAUUCCUUUCUGCUAUUGAAGGUUUCCAAGAUAGCCAGAUAUGCUUUCAAGUGCACAAAUAAAGAAUGAAAUAACCUUCAAAGACGCCAUUACGCAAGCAGGAGUGUCAGGUUUCUAUCUUUCAGAUAACAAAGAAAUGGAACUCCACCAAGCGGCCCGAUGGCUGUGCGCCUCAUUGAGGGUUUUCAAGGAGGAAGGACAGAUACAGAAGAUGGGAAUAUAAAAUCUGGACAGGUUUUGGGGAAAAAGGAUGGAAAACAAGAGGAGUUGUCUGUCAUCACGUGUAAUGCAAAUGCAAUGAUCUAUAAGUGCCCAGACAGGCUUCAAUCUCAAACCCUCUUUGCACUACACAAACCACCAGCCCCACCACCACCUCCUUCAUCCCUGGUGAAGGAAGUGGGAUGGUUCUGGUGGUGUAGAACUUCUUAUCUAUAGGAGCAAUGGAGAAUAAUAUAUUGAAUGAAGCUGAAUAAACUGCCUACUCAAUGGCAGUUCCUCCUAUAGGGCAACUUCGUCAAUCCUUUGGCAUUUUCGCUUCCUCGGCUUUUCUUCCUGUUGUUUUGUCAAGCUCAAAGAAAUCUCCAGAAGGGAAAAUGGUCAGGAAACUUGUUAUGUUUUUCCUUGCUUGGUAUGUGCUUUGAAUAAAGUAAGAGUAACGGUGUUUUUAAUUAAUAUCUGAAUGUGAUAUUCUAUACAUGUUUGUUGGUUGGCCUUAGGCCAUAUAUAGUUUAUGAAUUCAUAAGUGUUUAGUGAUCAUGAGCUUGUUUGUAAUGACAAUGUAAAUUUAAUGCUGUGAAGAAUCACAGGAAGGUCUACCGGAGUUUAAAUCAUUAAUCUUUGAAUAUAUGAUAUGAUUAUGA